AUGGGGCAUGUGGGGACAGAUCCAAAUUCACCACAUAAAAUUGCUAUGAAAUGUUAUGAAGAUCUGAAGAAUUAUUCACGGCAUAUUGUUGAUGGAGUUGUGUUGACAAAUGCUCCACGGAAUGCCAAAUAUACAUCACCCCAAAUUCAAAAAGAAAUUUUGCAUAUCUUUACAACUAAAGUGCGAGAUGUGAUUCGCAAAGAAAUUGGGGAUGCUAAAUUUUGCAUUAUUGUUGAUGAAGCUCGGGAUGAGUCAAAAAGGGAGCAAAUGUCAAUCAUUUUGAGAUUUGUUGAUAAAGAUGGUUUUAUUCGAGAGAGAUUCUUUCAUAUUGUCCAUGUCAAAGAUACGACUACAUUAACUUUAAAAAAGAAGAUAUGUGAUGUCAUUUCUUGUAACGACCUCAAAAUUCAGAAUAUUCGAGGUCAGGGAUAUGAUGGAGGUAGUAAUAUGCGUGGUGAAUGGAAUGAUCUACAAGCUUUAUUUCUUAAAGAAGGUCCAUAUGCAUAUUAUGUGCAUUGCUUUGCUCAUAAGCUACAAUUAGCUUUGGUUGUAGCAUCUAGAGAAGCAAAAUCUGUUCAUCAGUUCUUUGAGAAUUUGAAUUUUAUUAUCAACAUUGUUGUUGGUUCUUCAAAACGCAAUGAUGAAUUGCAAUCUGCCCAAGUUGCUGAGAUUGAAAGUAUGAUUGCUUCUAAUGAAAUUGAGACUGGAAGGGAGGCAAACCAAAUUGUUCUUGACACUAUCUCAAAGGAGGGAAUCGACUAUUCUCAACGCGGUGAUGCUGAACCGGCUUAUAUGGUAUUAACAUCAUUUGAAUUUGAAUUUGUUUUGAUAUUGUAUUUGAUGAAAGAGAUUAUGGGAUUUACUAAUUGUCUUUGUCAAGCUUUGCAACAAAAUUCUCAAGACAUUUUAAAUGCCAUGAAAGUGGUUUUAACUACAAAAUCACUUCUUCAGAAUUUGAGAAAUGAAGAGUGGGAGUCUUUCCUUCAUACUGUUAAAUCAUUUUGUGCAAAAAAUGAAAUUGAUGUUCCUGAUAUGAAUCAUUGUUACACUAGAGCUCGAGGUAGAUCAUGUUGCCAAAAUGAAGAAUCUUCCAUGACAAUGGAGCAUUAUUUUAGAAUUGAUGUGUUUAUUGCUGCAAUAGACUUCCAAUUGCAAGAACUGGAUAAUAGAUUUAGUGAGCAUGCAAUAGGACUUCUUCCUCUUAGUGCCGCUUUAAGUUCUCUAGAUGCAUACAAAUCAUUUAAGAUCGAUAAUAUAUGCAGCUUAGUUGAGAAGUUCUAUCCUCAAGAUUUUACUGAGCAAGAGAAAAUCAUUUUGAGAUUUCAAUUGGACCAUUAUAAGCUUGAUGUGCCAAAACAUUCAGAUUUUCAGAAUAUGUCCAAUUUAUCUGAGUUGUGCAGAGGAUUAGCAAUUUCAGGAAAAUAG